AAACAUCUUCAAAUCUAUCUUUGACCGUCGUACUUCCUUUCUCUCUCUUCAUUCUUUCUCUCUCUCUCUCUCCACUUUUCGCCGCUGUUGCAGACCCUCCUGCUUCCUGCGACCCCAAACCACAACACCAACCACCACACCACACUCUCUCUACACCCCUUUCCUUCAAUCAAAUCUAUAAAUACUCUAAUUUCCAUCAUUUCUUCAUUCCUCCUUCUCUCUGAUUUCGAUUCAUUCAUUGCUUAUAAAUUCAAACUCAAACUUCCUCUCCUUCUCUCUCUAAUUCAUCCGACGGCUGCGAUCUUCUCCUUUCUCAAAUCGUACGGCCAGGGGGUCCUUUGUCUGCCUCAUCUCACCGUCACACACACACACACUCUCUCUCUCUCUCCAAAUACGUGUGGUCUUUAAAGAUUUAGAUAACUCGGGCUAUUUGUCAAAGCAUCUUGCAUCUAUAGAUGUUAUUACUUCUUUGACUUAGAUUCCAGUUAAGAGAGUAAUUUCUCUGGACACUGAUUAUGGAAUCCAACGGUCAUAGAAGAGUAAAGAAACAAGAUCAUCAUGUUAAAGAAAAUGGAAAUUCCCAUAUGCUUGAUGCUGAUGAAGAGCUUGAUCCUUGGACAGCUUGGGCAUACAAGCCUCGGACAAUCACAUUGUUACUUGUUGGUGCUUGCUUUCUUAUUUGGGCAAGUGGGGCACUUGAUCCAGAAAGAGAUGCAUCUGGUGAUAUUGUCACUUCCGUUAAAAGGGGUAUAUGGGCAAUGAUUGCUGUUUUUCUUGCUUAUUGCCUGCUUCAAGCUCCUUCGACGGUUCUUAUUAGGCCACAUCCUGCUAUUUGGCGCUUGGUGCAUGGGAUGGCUGUUGUUUACCUGGUUGCUCUCACAUUUUUGCUUUUUCAGACGCGUGACAAUGCUCGGCAGUUUAUGAAGUUUCUUCAUCCUGAUCUUGGCAUUGAACUUCCGGAAAGAUCUUAUGGGGCUGAUUGCCGCAUAUACCUACCUGAGAACCCUGCAAAUAAGUUUAAGAAUCUUUAUGAAACACUUUUUGAUGAGUUUGUUCUAGCUCAUAUUAUUGGCUGGUGGGGAAAGGCUAUAUUGAUUCGUAAUCAGCCUCUUCUUUGGGUGUUAUCGAUCGGUUUUGAGAUGAUGGAGCUUACUUUUCGUCACAUGUUACCAAAUUUCAACGAGUGCUGGUGGGAUAGUAUUAUUCUUGACAUAUUCAUCUGCAAUUGGUUCGGUAUUUGGGCUGGAAUGCAUACUGUGAGGUACUUUGAUGGGAAAACAUACAAGUGGGUUGGUCUGAGCCGCCAGCCUAAUAUUAUAGGAAAGGUGAAACGAACAUUGGGCCAGUUCACACCAGCGCACUGGGAUAAAGACGAGUGGCAUCCGUUGCUUGGUCCUUGGCGAUUUAUUCAAGUGCUUAGUCUUUGUAUUGUAUUUUUGACAGUAGAGCUCAACACAUUCUUUUUGAAGUUUUGUCUCUGGAUACCUCCUCGAAAUUCUGUAGUUAUAUAUAGGUUGAUUUUAUGGUGGCUGCUUGCAAUUCCAACAAUUCGUGAGUACAAUACAUACCUUCAAGACAGGUUCAUUCUCCAUCUCUCUUGUUCUACCGGCCCAAUGAAGCCAGUCAAAAAGGUUGGAGCAUAUUGUUGGCUCUCUCUUGCUAUUUGCAUUGUUGAGCUUUUGAUUUGUAUCAAGUUUGGACAUGGUUUGUACCCAAAACCGAUGCCGAUAUGGCUGGUAAUAUUCUGGUCAUCUGUAGGCGUGGCCAUUGUUACAUUUCUACUAUUGUGGUCUUGGCAUCCCCACCUAAUUCUAGGGAAGAAGAGGCGAUAGAGUUUUUCUUCUUAUUUUUUUCCUGGUAUUUUUUGCUUGUGCACUAUUCUUUGAUUCCUUCUUGAUUUUUAUGGGUAUCCAUUUCCAUAAAUGGUGUAAAUACUAUUUAUCUACCUCAUAAUUGUAAAUGUCUAAGUGAUUAUUCUCCUAGGUUAGUAGGUCAUAGUUUCUUGGGGCAGCAAAUAUUAGGGUUCAUUUGAUAUGAUAGAGGAAUGAAUAUAGUGCUUAUGAGGCUUAUGAAUAGGUUUCCACCAUAUUUAGUGAAUUGGCCAAUCUCUGUUCCUUGGAAUGAAUCAUUAUUCUUAAACUUGUAAUCACUCAUUUGAAUGAAAUUUUGAAUGGAGCCAUUUGUGUGCA